CAAUCAUAGGAGCAGUUCCCUUUAAUUAACUUGGUUGACUUAGUUGCUUUUGCCAUUGAUUGGGAUGUAUCUUAGAUUUAUCCAGGACUGGUCGUUGCUUGUAUUACAUUUGUAUUCUCGCGGGAAGAAUCAUUCAAUAUAGGAUGGCAUUUUUAAAUUGUCUGCGCCGUCACGAGAUUGCCUUUGCCUUGGCCAGAGAUGACACUGGCCCAAAGUCAUAUUAUCGGUGACAAUUUGGGAAAAACUGACAUUUAGCGGCACCAUGCAGUCUCAGUGAUAUGUCUACUGCCAGUGUGGCAAUAACAACUUACACUUUGAAAAUUGGCUUUAUACCAUUCUGUUAAGACGGACACUAAAAAAACGGGCUGAGCGAAUAUCGGUUACAAGCUUCUUUGAAGAUGUAGGCCUAUUGUUAUACCCCCAGCCUGUGUGACGCUGAGCCAAGGGCAAAAUUACAUCUGUGUCGAGGAGCGGGUGAGAAAACGCCCGCGGUGAGAUUCCAGUGGAGCAGCGGACAGCGAUAACCUGAGGAGUGGUUGGCGUUAUUCAAGGUGCAUCUUUGGUGCGUGUAUCUGCUAUGAGGCGAAGUGGUGUUAUCAACAGAGACAAUGAUUCCAGAUGAUGUCAGCGCCACCUCUGACUACAGCUACGCCACAAAAUACCACCACCGGAAUGUAUGCCCCCGGUGUGGUUGCAGAUCAGCCGAGCUCAGGCAUAGACCUGGAGGUGGUCAAGUGGUCGCUUAUAUGUGUCUUCUCGACCAUUCUGGCAUUCGCUGCUGCUACCUAUCAGUAUUACAAAAAACAAUCAGCACUUCCAAAGGCAAAAAAGGCAAAAAGAAAAAGGGAAGGAAAAAAGAGAAAAGCGAUCGAGGAUCACAGGAUAGCAGAACUCAACUCCGAUCCUAUCUUAGCUUCCACGUUUCUGGACGCCUACAGGAAGAAGCAGAGAAAGGGAGAAGUGUUCAUAGAAUUUAAGGGCUGCCAGAAACACCAAAGUGUCUUUCCAUCCACGGAAGGCGCAAAAUAUGUAAAUAGGAUGAAAAAUACUAGUAACACAGUGCCAUUUGAUCAUAGUCGUGUGAUACUCGAUGAAGUGCCUGGCCGGCCCGGGUCAGACUACAUCAAUGCAAGUUGGAUCGAUGGAUACAACAAACCAAAAGCCUAUAUAGCAGCUCAGGGUCCCAAAAGAUGUUCCGUGGGUGACUUCUGGAGAAUGAUAUGGCAAGUCGACUGCCGUUGCAUUGUCAUGGCAACAAAUCUCUUUGAACAUGCCCGACAACAGUGUGAGAAGUACUGGCAUAAUACCCACGGGAGAUAUGGGAGCGUGGACGUUUGGUUAGAAAAGUCCGACUUUACUGCUGAUUUUAUAACGCGAAGUUUUAGAAUAGAAAAGGCUGGGUGUAGUGAACCUAGGACUGUGCGUCAGUUCCAGAUUGCCAGCUGGAGCGAUCAUGAUUGUCCAAACAUCUCAUCAGUAUUAGAGUAUAGAAGGGUCGUCAAAUCCUACAUGCUCAAUAAACCAGGUCCCAUGGUUGUACACUGUAGUAAAGGCUCUGGCCGGACCGGUACCUACAUCUCCAUUGAUGCACUGCUGGACGAGUAUUUGGCCGAGGAUAAAGUGGGGGUCUACCGCAUGGUCACGGAGAUGAGGAAGCAACGAUAUGGCAUGGUCGGAAACAAGGAGCAAUAUGAGUUUAUCUACAAGUGUGUCGCCACGUUUAUCCAAUGUGGUGUAACGGUGAUAUCGGCGAAAGAUCUCUCACGCUCAGUACAGAAGAUGAGUCUUAAGGACCCCAAGGCCAAGAUCAAUGGCUUUGAAAGGGAAUUCAAGGCAUCUUAUCCGUUCAGUGCCGAAUUGAAUACAUUGCAGAGCAUAGUGCAUCCUCUUCCGGUGGGCGACUGCGCUGGUGGUCAUCGAGCGGAGAAUAGGCGGAAAAGCCGCGACGUCAUGUUACAACCACCUGAGAGAGCCCGGCCAUACUUGAUGAGCCACGAAAACAACGAGAGUACGGAUUUUAUCAAUGCAGUUUACGUCGACGGAUACAAAAACAUGAACGCGUUCAUCGUGACGCAAUGGCCGAUGAAGAACACCUUGAACGACAUCUGGCGUCUGCUCUACGACUACAGUAUUACCAGUUUAGUUGUGCUCAAUGAUAUCCCACAUUCCAGAUCCUUCCCCUGCUUCUGGCCAAACGAGGUGGGUGAACGGCGAAAGUUUGGCCCCGUGCUGGUGGAACUCGCCCGAGAGAGCGUCAUUCCAGGAAUAGUCAGUAGGAUGUUCUAUAUAAAGAAGAAUGUUAAGUCAUUCCCGAGGAAGAGAUACACUAAUGCUGUCCUAGAACUAGUUGAAGCGGGAGAGAAAUUAGCAAGUAUGGUCAUCCACGAGAGAGAACGUAACGACGUCAAAGUUGUGCGAAUGUUCCAACUACAGUGCUGGCCGAACACACAGAAGGUUCCCGCCAGUAGCGCCGUACUCCUAGAAUUACUCAUGUUGGUGGAGGACUGGCAGAAUAAAACCAACCCAAGGAAUCCAAUAUGUGUCAUGUCCAAGAACGGAGUAAGCCGCUGUGGACCUUUUUGUGCCAUACACAUUGCCUAUGACAAACUGCGGAGUGAGGGGGAGAUCGACAUAUUCAAGGCGGUCAGGACUGUGCGACUGAAUAGACCACAACUUGUGGAUAGUAUUACCGAAUAUAUCUACUGCUACACCUUCAUGGUCAUCCUGCUGGAGAUUCUGGACCUGGGUCAAGUGAAACUGACGGAUAGAGAUGGAAACGUUGCCCCUUCGGAACAGGACGAGGAGCAACGGGGAACCCAGCCCCUGUCGGUCACUCAGACUCCAGUCUCUGAGAGAGGUUGCUGGAGCACGCAGCUACCUCGCGCCUUCACCUCUGGCAAACCCAAUCUCUCCAGGCGACGCAUGUCACGCUCCAUGGAGUUCCUGCCGCAAAUGUUACCGUGGUUGAUCUCGAGUGACUUUAAGACAUUUGCUAAGAAAUAUAAAUUCACGUACACAAAUCCUACUUUGACAUUCUCUGACGAGAGCAUUGAGUUUGAGACGAGUAAUUCUAUGGAGGAUGUUGAGAUAGUUACUCAACCGAAAGUUACAGUUGUUGGCUCGGAUCGCGAUGACGAUGAAUGCUAUGAUAAUCCUUCAUUCGUUAGCGAUGUCCUUGUUCACAACCCACCAGGGUAUAAGUCAAGGACUGGCAGCAGAAGAAAGCGGAAGAGUUCCGACUUUGAUACGCGCAGUCUUCCACCGGAUGCAGAGUUGAGGAGCAACCAGGCAGAGUUGGAGAGAAGCGUGCGCGCGACGUCUGUUCCCGCCUGGGUGACGGUACCGGAGCCCGUUGUGCCUCGCCACUCUGCCUUGACUGCCAUCAACAAAUCCUACCCACCGAGUCCCGAAAUCAAACCCACUGACCGCAAGGCACGCAGCGAACCUAUAUUCUCCUACAGUCGGUUCGCAUCGACCUUUGGCACUCCUAAACUCAAGGAAAAAUUCAGCAGGAAACAGAUCAGCGAGGAAGAGGCGCUGAUUAAUGCAGAGCAGGGUAUUGAUGCGGAGGAUGAUUCGAGUGAUCAGGGGGACAGAAGCGUGAUAGAGCUUCACGAUAUCAUCAUCCAGGAGCCCGAGGAUCUUGUCAUCCCGAGAGAUGGCGACACUUUCGCCACCGAUGAAAAUCACGUGACGUUAAAAAUAGACAUGGCGUCCGAUGAAGGAUCUGACGAACGACCGCCAGAUUUCUCCUCUGGAUUUGGACGCCGGGGACGAAGAGGAACAUUGGUCAGACAGUCACGUGUGACUGACAGUGAAGAGACGGAUCUUCAGGGUAACCAAACUAACCAAGAUACGCAGGAGAAUGACGAUGCUAUUGUGACGCCACCCCCACGGCGGCUUUCGCCGUUCGGGCAGAGUUACCCAGAGCCACGGAAACCAAUGUCUAUGUUACGCGUUGGAAUGAACUACGGCACUUUAUGCAAACAGUUGAGUAAAAGUGAGAGCGGGUAUUUGUCAUCUCCAUCUGAUGUGGAGUCGCGGGUAGACUUGUACAGAUUGCGAUCGCGUAGUGAGACAGACAUCCGCCUGGGAGCGUCACCGAAAAGGCGGAAACCGUGUCAUAAACAGUACAGCGAGGAAUGUCCUCGUAACCACUCACAAGUUGACCCGGAGUACAUGGUGAUUGAAGGAAGGCCAAAACUCGAUAAAGAUGUUGUGAUCAAUAUUCCAGAACAGGGAACUUCGGAUGAGGAGAGCGACCAGUUCUUCCAAACCCGUCUUCCUCUGCACACUAGCGCCGCCAAACGGUACGCCUACAGAAGAAGUUCUCUCAAGAAUCGAAACUUCUCGACCUCCUCGGAGGCAGAGGACGUCGAUUUCGAAUUAUACAACCGGGCAUUUGAUGAACUAUUCCGUCAAGCGCAUGGUCAUUCGAGUACUUCGGGAGAUGAAAGUCUUAGUACGGGUUGUUUGUCUCCAUAUACUGGAGUUAACGAACCUUGUUUAUUCAGUUCAAGCAGUGAGGUCGAGGACGAGAAGCAACCCCAGCGCCACCAAACGCCGAGUCGCAACAAUAGCAGGAAACAUAAAACGAAACGUAGCCGUGUCAUGCGCGGUUCAAGUAGUGAGCCUGACUUGGAGGACGCGAGCGUGAUGGGGUCUGUUGCGUCACUUCCGGAGCAGGCGAUUGAGAUGACGGAGUUGAGAUCUCGCGGCGACGAGAGUACGGAUGGAGAGCAGCAUUCGUCCCCUGGGAAGGAUAGCAAUAAUUCUGUGAUAUAUUUCCCAGUCACAGGGGAAGUAAAUGUCUAAGUGAAACCUCCUCUCCGCGUUGCUAUGUAUCCAGUCAUUUCCAUCGCAGCUCCACCAUUUCUGGUCAGUCCCUUGGCAGAUAAGGAAAGCGUAAGUUCCACUUCCAGAGUGCCAAGCAAACAUGUAGUUGCUUUAAAUUGAUUUUCAGCGAUAUACAUGAAUGAGCGCGUGACACAUGGUCAGAUCUCGCGAUCGUACCGGCGAAGACGUUUGAAGUGUCGAGGAUAGAGUAUACGGGGAACAAAGCUCUAUAUUUCGCUUUGAUACGGUGUUCAAGCAACAAGACUCGCAACACUUCUGGCCAAGUUUCCCUGAAACUACUUGAGUAGAAGCCUGGGUUGAGCGAAGUCUCAAGAGGCGAUACGAGAAUCAUCUCGGGUUGAGACCAGUUAAUGUCAGAUCGACAUCAGAUCGGAUUCCCCGCGUGUAAUGCUUAGAACACAAACGUUAUCGUAUUGUAUCUCGGAGGCUGAUAGAUGCGUUUUACAAAGAUAACAGUGAUUGUCUUUAUUGCCAGUUGAUAUCCCACUAAUGUUACUUUCUAAUUGAAUUUCACCUCUAAAAUUCAACAAUGUAAUAUUCAUAUUGUGUAUAUUAAGCAUCCAUCUGUUCUUAAGCGAUUUUUAUAAUUUUACAAGUCACUCUGUAUAACUGCUUACCAAUUAAUUUUUUUAAAUGUGUAGAACAUAGCGCAUUGCUUAAAUCAUUUAACAUGUCUUGUGCUUGUCCUGCAGAUGUUUUCAGUGUUGUCAUUCUAGAAACAUUUGUGAUACAGGAGCUUCAAAUGUAACUUUGAUUCGCACGUAGAGUCAGAAGCCUCGCUCUUUUGGAGGUCGGGUGUAGUCAACACGGUCAACAAGGACUAUUUCAUGUAAUAUCGCUUGAUCGAAUGAAUUUUUGCUAUCAUCGAAUUAAAGUCUUCAUUAGUCAUAGUAUCAUUAAUGAAUACGUACAUGUGAAAUGAAUGUCAUUUCUUUCUGAUACACCCUUUAUUGGAUUAGUAGAGAGUAUAAUUGUCACCUUAUGCAUCACUUUGAGUGUCGUUUUUAAAUGUCAACAAUUAUUUGCUGAUUUACGAGUCCAUUAUUCAUGCAUUUAUCAUGCUAUGCAAUACUAAGGCUACAGUACACCCAAUUUUCGUUAAAUAAAAAACAAAACUUACUUUCAUCUAAACACAUUAUAUGAUUAAACGUUAAAUAUAAUGGGGACGUUUCGUAAUUCAAUAGGAAGGACGAAGUAUGAGGUACAGUCAUGCGCCAAUUCAUUUACGGGACACUCGUAAAUAAUCUUUUAUACCAUGUACUUACAUGUACAUGUAGUAAGAGGAUUAGGAGAAAUGGGGGAGCAGUUUGAGUGACGACCGUAAAAUUUCCAUGGAAUUACUCUGGACAAAAGGCUCAUUGUUAUCAUCAUAAACAUGUACAUGUAUUGUGCAUGUACAUGUCCUUCGUCCUUCGUAUCUAGCUCAGUGUUCGUUCCACGAACGGCCUGUUCUCCACGUAUUGGAUCACUUUGUCACCUACACAGUCCCGAUGCUGUCUAGCCUGGGCCGAAUUUACGAAGGGUGUUUAAGAGUUAGACGCGUGUAAAUUCUACAUAAUCAGUUUCAGUGCCUAAUGCGGUUUUCAUGAAGAAACCCUGCAAGGCCCUGACUCUGUCUAUUCAGACAUUAAACGCUGUGUUAAGCUAAACACCCUUUGUAAAUUCGGCCCAUCAUGUUUAAGUUUAUUGUUUAGAGUUUGGCAUCAACUACGCUAUACACCUUUCCAGAAAUGGGGCGCUGAGUGUCCGAAAUAGUGAUGUCAUAAGGGGAAACUAGGCCUUAUGGUGGAGGGACAAAGGAGAUAGUCAUGGUUGACCAACACACUUAAAUGCCUUUGAUGACGGACAAGGGGGAAAAGUUAGUUCCAAUGCAAGCCACCAAUUUCGGGAAGCAUGUAUAGGUGAUCUUCUGACAUGACACUUACACUAAACCUGGUCUAUCGUGACACAUUUCACUUAGGUAUCAAAUGAACCGAACCCGCUCCUCAGCAUUAGAAGCCCACAACCUGUUUGUUAAAAAUCGGAAAAUUAAAAUUGAAAUUGAGAAAUUCCCAUUGUGUGAACGCGUACUGAAUAUAAAUUUCAACAUUGCCGUCGCGAAGACUGAUACAAAUACAUGUACUAUAAGUGAGAAGUUUGCGAAUUCGCAUGCCUACUUCACUGCGGCAAUGUUUUUGUCUUUCUAUUUCUACCUGAGCCAUGAGUAGAUACUAAUGAGCACGAACAUCAUAGGCUUAGACCAUAUGCCCUUGCCUGGAAGCGGCACCAUUAUCCGAUAGGAAUAAUCAUUUUGCUCAUGAUUUUAAAUGUUCAGCUUUUCCAUGUUAUCACUUUUUACAACGACGACUCCGCUAUUAAGGAGUUUUUAUCGAACCGUCGAAAUUAUUAAUCUGAUCUUAUUACUGUAAAAAUGCUUUUUCUCCUGUGAUAACAAUUACCACGAGUUGCGCAGUACUUUAAUAUGAAUACAAUUUCUGCUGUAAUGUUUUGAAUUACUUGUAUGCAAUGAGCAAGCUGGUGAAAAGAAGGUCCAGAACUUUUAUUCCAUGAUACGUACAUCUUUGAUACUCCUACGCCCUAUAGAAAAUAUGAAAUAUCGAGAGGAGGAGUUCAUUGAAAACCACUAGUGCCAGGAUGUGAUACGUAAGGUGCCGUUCGUUUAGUACGUACGCAAUUAGAGGAAGGCCAUUUGCGAAUUUUGGCCGACCAUUUUCGCGGCGUACGCGUGCGUGCGGGUGGGCACACAAAAUGAUCAGUACUUUGUACAUGACGCCUCGCGUACUUGAUUUGUUUUUUUUUGCUCGUUAGAACAGAACCCUUCUCCUUGUAUUAUCUCUCGUGAAAUCAUGUCAUUAUAAAGUAUGAAAAGGAUGAGGCCUACAGGUUUAAGGUUGUUGAUUUCAAACGUAAUUAAAUAACUCUUGUAGAGUAAUAGGUGUCAUAAAAUUCCAUCAAAAUCGUGCGUUGUGUAUAAAUUGACUCUGAUGAUUUCCAAAUGACCCGUUUCUAACAGAAAAUAAGCUUUUGGCCCUCACCGCAUGUAAAAACAAGAAUUAAAUGAAGGAUAUUCCUUUAGACGUUGUAUACUUUGUUGGGUGUGUAUAAAUCUUCAUAACCUUCACCAGUAAAAGAAAACAAUGGUAAACUACAUGUUUCAAAUUAUGCCAAGCGAGGCCAGUGCUUUAUUCUCGGUAAUUCUACAGUAUUUCGAAUAUGUACAAAGAUUAAGAAAAUCCUAAAGUAUUUAGAACUUCUCAUCAGUUAGGAUAGCACAGUAUAACCAGGUCCGCGAAACUCGAGUACAGACACGAAAUCGCGAGUAUGCCAUCCGGCUUGCAGCGCAUUGCUCGAUAAACUAGGUAUGUACUUGGCCUGUCGAAUGGUAUCACACGACGCGAAUCGAUAAAACUGUAGCCCAAGUUCUAUAACAUGGACUGAUCGCCAUUCAGUUGCAUCACAAAUUCGUGUAGGACAUUUUAAUGGGUCAUUAUUUUCUGCAAAAUGCCACAAAAGUACCACAGCAAUGGAAAUGUUGUUUAGUGUUCUCCACAUAUGCAAACUUUCUGCUUGUGCCCCACCACACUCGCACAAAAAAAUGAUUUUGAAUACCGUACCAACCGCGAGUACGGCCAAGUGCUUAUGAGAUGUGUGUACUCGAGUUACAAAGUAUUGGCCGCCAUUCUACAUGUAUUACUCGGGUUGUCGAGUGCAACUCUCCAGCAUAUCACAAGACGGCUACUACCUACCUUCGGGCGUCCUAGCCAGUAUAAUAUUACCGAGAAUUUAAACUGUUUCAGUGUGGGUCUCUGACAUUGUUGCAGCGCAGCAUCAUUUUGUACUUUUUUCCAACAUUUUAUAAUAAAAAGUUAUGAUUCAUA